UACAACCCUAUUUAGGGCGCCUAGUUCAAGCACAAGGGCUGGACGACUCGCGUUCUAGUUAGUGCAGUUGUAGCUAGGAGUAUUGGAACACCCCCCCGGCGUAUGAGGGCGGAAGAAGCGUACAGAGAUGACGGUCCAUAAUCUCUACAUAUUUGACCGUAAUGGAACCUGUCUACACUACAGUGAAUGGAACCGCAAGAAGCAGGCUGGGAUCUCCAAAGAGGAGGAGUUUAAGCUAAUGUAUGGGAUGCUGUUCUCAAUUCGUUCCUUUGUCAGCAAGAUAUCUCCACUUGACAUGAAGGACGGUUUUAUCGCUUUUCAGACGAGUAGGUAUAAACUUCAUUAUUACCAGACCCCCACAGGUAUUAAACUGGUGAUGAACACAGACCUUGGGGUCCAAAACUGCAGAGACAUUCUCCACCAGCUCUACAGUACGGUGUAUGUGGAGUGUAUAGUGAAGAACCCGCUAUGUGCGCUGGGAGAGACACUGCAGAGUGAACUCUUCUCCAGCAGGCUGGACUCCUUCAUCAGGGCCCUACCGUUCUUCAGCGUCCGUGCAGCCUGAGGAUUUUGUGUGCGUGUGUGUGCGUGUGCGUGUUCAUGUGCUUGUGUGUGUAAGAAUGUAUUUAUUGUUGUCCUGCGCAGUCUUAUUCCUCUGGCAUUUCUCAUAGGGUGCCUGAUUCACUAGCCUAAUUUUGAUAUCAUUUAAAUAAUUUGUAUAUUAAUGAAUAAUUCCACACUGAGGAGUUUAGGCUGUUUAUCUGAGCACUGUCUGGAGAGAGGGGCUGCUAAAAACACACUUCUAACUAGUGUUGUUUGACAUGGACCGAACAUGAUUAUACUGUUUAUGUUUCUAUUUCAACAUUAAAAACAUCUGACACAACA